AUGUUGGGUUCGGGAUAUGGAUCGAAUUUGUUGACGCCACUAGGAGUGGCUGUUUUUGGGCCAGCACCGCUGCUUGCUGGUGCUGUUGUUUCUGGUUUUACAUCUGACACGAGUAUGAAUAGUGCUGUACUAGGGACACGUAUGCCACGCUCUGCUGGUCCACAAGACAAGACAAAGACUAGAGAGAGAUCAGACGGCAACAACGGCACAAUGGCCGAGGUGGGUGUCUCGCAGACUGUCCUCGUUGACUCGAGGGGGGAGGGUCGCAAGCUGCCUCAGUAUAUUGCGGCACUCUCAGCAACACUCGGAGCGUUGGCGGCCGGUUCUAUGUUGGGCUGGUCUUCCCCGGUGAUAUUCAAGAUAAUCCAAGCCAACAGCACCGACUACGACUUUGACGUGAACGUCUCCCAAGGAGACUGGGUCUCCUCGGUCAUCAAUCUUGGCGCUGCCGCCGUCUGCUUCCCCAUAGGCCUGAUCAUGGACGCCAUAGGCCGGAAGAAGACCAUGUUGCUCCUCGUGCUUCCGUUCACGUUGGGCUGGCUGCUGAUCACGUUCGCUUCGAACCUGGCUAUGCUGAUAGCGGGCAGGUUCAUCACGGGCAUCGCCGGCGGAGCGUUCUGCGUCACCGCGCCCGCCUACACCAGCGAGAUAGCGCAAGACUCGAUCCGUGGCACCCUCGGCAGCUACUUCCAGCUGAUGAUCACCGUCGGUAUCCUGUUCGCGUACGCCGUCGGCAGCUACACCUCGGUGUUCGUGUUCAACAUCCUGUGCACGCUGAUCCCGAUCAUUUUCGGUGCGAUAUUCUUCUUCAUGCCGGAGAGCCCCAACUACUUGGUCGUGAAGGGCAGGAACGAGGAGGCGCGCGAGGCGCUGAUCAAACUGCGCGGCCGCGCCUACGACGUCGACACCGAACUCGAGAAUCUGAAAGCGAAGGCGACCCACGCCAAGGAGAAUCCCGUCGCGUUCACGGCGGCCAUAUCCAAGAAGACGGCGGUGAAGGCGCUCAUCAUCUGCUACGCGCUGAUGUUGUUCCAGCAGCUGUCGGGCAUCAACGCGGUGAUCUUCAAUACAUCGGCGAUCUUCGAUUCGGCGGGCGCGGCCAUCGACGCGGCCAUCGCCACCAUCAUCAUAGGCGUGAUCCAGGUCAUCGCCACCUUCGUGUCCAGCCUGGUGGUGGACAAGCUCGGCCGCCGGAUCCUCCUGCUGCUGUCCGCUCUGGUCAUGUGCCUGUGCUCCACCGCUCUGGGAGUGUUCUUCUUCCUGAAGGAUCAGCACGGCGAGAACGCCGACAUCCUGCAGGCGAUAUCCUGGCUGCCCCUGGUGUCUCUGUCCUUGUUCAUCAUCGCCUUCUCGCUCGGCUUCGGUCCGAUCCCGUGGAUGAUGGCCGGGGAGCUGUGCCUCAUCGACAUCAAAUCUUUCGUCGGCUCCACGGCCGGGACCCUGAACUGGCUGCUCAGCUUCACGGUCACGAGCACGUUCAACUCUCUCAACACGGCCAUAGGGUCCGGGCAAGUGUUCUGGAUGUUCGCCGGCAUUAUGGUGAUCGGUUUCGUGUUCAUAUUCUUCGUGGUGCCGGAGACGAAGGGCAAGAGUGUCGACGAGAUCCAGCUGCUUUUAGGCGCGGAGCCGACCGCCAGGGACGACGACAAGAAGUAA